AUGGCUGAACCUCAGACAAUCCCCACCUUCAAGCUGGUCCUAGUUGGCGAUAGAGGCAUUGGCAAGACAACCUUCGUCAAGCGCCAUUUGACAGGCGAGUUUGAGAAGGAGUACAUAGCCACGCUUGGUGUCGAAGUCUACCCUCUCGAUUUCACCACGAACUUUGGCAAGAUCCGGUUCGACGUCUGGGACACGGCUGGUCAGGAGAAGUUCGGCGGUCUCCAUGAUGGCUAUUACAUCAACGGGCAGUGCGGUAUCGUCAUGUUCGACGUGACUUCUCGCAUCACGUACAAGAACGUCCCUAACUGGUACCGUGAUCUUAUCCGCGUCUGCAACAACGUCCCCGUUGUUCUCUGCGGUAACAAGGUCGACAUGAAGGAGCGUAAGGUCAGGGCCAAGAACAUUACUUUCCACCGGAAAAAGAACCUCCAAUAUUAUGAUAUCAGCGCCAAGUCCAAUUAUAACUUCGAGAAGCCCUUCUCUUGGCUCACGCGCAAGCUCCUUAACUGCCCUACUUUGGAAUUCGUCGCCGCCCCUGCUCUCUUUCCCCCCACCACUUUCGUUGACGAGGAGGAAAUCAAGGCGCGCCAGGCCGAGAUGGACGAGGCCAUGGCUCAGCCUCUUCCCAGCGAUGAAAAUGAUGACGACCUUGAAACCGUUUGCAAGGCGGCGAAUUGGUGGUCAUGUGUGGUGGAGCCGAGGGUGGACUAG